AUGGGCGAUUUCAAAUUGCAGCUCGACCCUUCGGAUAAAAUCAUCUUCAGCGGUAAAAAACUUGGCGAAGAAGCAGCAACAGCGUCUAUCAAGAUCACUAAUACGCUGAAAGAGAGAAUAGCAUAUAAGGUUAAAUGCACAUCAAACGAAAUGUUUCGUAUUCGUCCACCGGUUGGAGCUCUUAAGCCUGACGAUAAUGUUACAGUUUCUGCUCCUCGAGCAACAUGGGCAGACCAUAAGGGCGAACCAGAAGGAACAAAACGUCUCUACAUCGACUUUAAAAAGGAAGGUGAAGAAGAAAAGAAAGAUGAGAAGAAGGAUGAAAAGAAAGAUGAUGAAAAGAAGGAUGAGAAAAAAGAAGAGAAAAAAGAAGAGAAGAAAGAAGAGAAGAAAGAAGAGAAGAAAGAAGAGAAGAAAGAAGAGAAGAAAGAAGAGAAGAAAGAAGAGAAGAAGGAAGAAAAGAAGGAGGAAAAGAAAGAAGAAAAGAAAGACGAAGAAAAAAAAGAAGAGAAGAAAGAUGAAGAAAAGAAAGAUGAAGAGAAAAAGGAGGAAAAGAAGGACGAAGAAAAAAAAGAGGAAGAGAAGAAGUAG